AUUUUUUAAAUAUGUAAUAUAUUUAGCAUCUAAUUAGCAAAAUAAAUGGAUUAACGUGGUCCAAUUUGAUCGUGAGUGGGAUUGUGUGUAUUGGUUGUUCCUAAUAAGAAGCUCUUAAAGGCAUAAUAAUAGGCAAAAUAAAACCAAGGUGUAUUUAAAAGAUCAUGGUUAGGACUAACUAAACAUCACGUGGUCAAAACUCUAUGAAGUGUGGUUUUGUAAAAUCAAAAAGUUUCUGAUAUAUAAUAAAAGCAUUAAUGAAACCAUGAAAUCACUAAACCUUAAUCCCAGAGAAAGAUGAUUAUCCCUGUUCGCUGUUUCACCUGUGGAAAGGUCGUUGGAGACAAAUGGGAUACAUAUCUUGAACUUCUGCAAAGUGGUUACACUGAAGGAGAUGCACUGGAUUCUUUAGGGCUGGUUCGAUAUUGCUGCAGGCGCAUGCUUAUGACCCAUGUUGAACUUAUUGAUAAGCUACUGAAUUACAAUCCUCUGGAAAAGCACGGUGCCAACUAAGGGUUCUAAGGAACUAAAGACGACCAAGAUGUGUCAGUUGCGUCACAAGUCCUGUGGCCAUAUGUCAAUGGUUUUUUUGGUCCUUUUCCUUCAUUAAAUUGUGUUAUAACAAGCAGUUUUAGUUUUAGUUUCUGUUCUGGAUCAAUUAUGGUGUAAGGUGCAACUUAUGUUAAUAACUUUUUAGUUUAGUUUGUGUGAUGCAAAGCUGUG